AUGGAUGAUAUCGCGCUCGAAGAACUGCCUCCUCCCGCCGCGGAAGAUGCUCUGCCACGCUAUGAGUCUCCCACGCCCGCGUACGAGGAUCCUCCUCCUCCGUACACGGCCAACCCGAGCCAGCCGCAUGCCGUGCCUCGGGAAGCAAGCCCGCUUCCUGAGCGCUCGCUUUCUCCCAGCUCGGCUGUGAGCCCGGGAGACUCGGCCAGGUUCAGCUUCAAGGAAGCCGUCAUUGGCACCAUCUCAGCAGGCGUGGCUAUCCUCAUAUUACUCGUCAUCAUCGAUGGGUUCCACCCCUGUAAUCGCCUCCUUCUGCCUGAAAAACCUGAAUUAUGCAAAAGAAGUGGACUACUGAUCCGCCGCCCACAGGCCCUCAACAAUUCCAACCCCGACGAUGCUCUCUGGGGCGCCACUUCGCCGCCAUUCUACCCGUCGCCGUGGAUGGACGGCUCCGGUGGCUGGGCCGAGGCCUACGCCAAGGCCCAGGAGUUUGUCAAGCAGAUGACGCUCCUCGAGAAGGUCAACCUCACGACCGGCAUCGGCUGGGAGGGCGGUCCUUGCGUUGGCAACGUUGGUCCUGUCCCUCGUCUGGGCCUGCACUCUCUGUGCAUGCAGGAUUCGCCUACUGGCAUCCGCUUCACCGACCACAACUCGGCCUUCACUUCCGGCGGCACUGUCGCCGCCUCGUUCGAUCGCCGCAUCUGGUACCAGCGCGGAUACGAUAUGGGUGCUGAGUUUGCUGGAAAGGGCAUUGACGUGCUUCUCGGCCCUGUCGUUGGUCCCCUGGGACGCACUCCCACUGGCGGCCGCAACUGGGAAGGCUUCAGCCCCGACCCAGCUCUGUCCGGCAUUGCCGUUGCCGAGACCAUUAAGGGUAUUCAGGAUGCUGGUGUCAUUGCUUGCACCAAGCACUACAUCGUCAACGAGCAGGAGCACUUCCGCCAGGCUCCCGAGGCGCAGGGCUUCGGCGACAACAUCACCGAGUCCCUUUCGUCCAACAUCGAUGACAAGACCAUGCACGAGCUGUACCUCUGGCCCUUCGCCGACGCCGUCAGGGCCGGCACUGGUGCUGUCAUGUGCAGCUACAACCAGAUCAACAACAGCUACGGCUGCCAGAACUCGCACACGCUCAACUACCUCCUGAAGGGCGAACUCGGCUUCCAGGGUUUCAUCAUGUCUGACUGGCAAGCCCAGCACUCCGGCGUUGGCUCCUCCCUCGCCGGUCUGGAUAUGGCCAUGCCUGGUGACACCCUCUUCAGCACGGGCUACGCUUUCUGGGGCGCCAACAUGACGCUUGCUGUCAUCAACGGCACCAUCCCCGAGUGGCGUCUGGAUGACUCUGCCACCCGUAUCAUGGCCGCCUACUUCUACACUGGCCGCGACAAGAAGGCCAUUCCGACCAACUUCAACUCCUGGACCCUCGACACUUACGGCUAUCAGAACGCCAUUGCCGAUGCCAACUGGGGCGUUGUUAACCAGCACGUCAACGUCCGCGCCAACCACUACAAGAACAUCCGCGAGGCCGCUGCCAAGUCGACCGUCCUCCUGAAGAACGUUGACGGUACCCUUCCCUUGACCGGCAAGGAGAAGUUCCUCGGUGUCUUCGGCAGCGACGCUGGCGACUCGCCCAACGGCCCCAACGGCUGCGACAACCACGGCUGCACCAACGGCACCCUCGCCAUGGGCUGGGGCUCCGGCACCGCCAACUACCCUUACCUGAUCUCGCCCCUGACUGCUCUUCAGAACGAGGUCUACGCCAACAACGGCGUCAUCGACUGGGUUACUGACGACUACAACUACGACCGCGUCAACGCCAUUGCUUCCCAGGCCAGCCACGCCCUCGUCUUCGUUAACUCGGACAGCGGUGAGGGCUUCAUUAACUACGACGGCAACAUCGGCGACCGCAACAACCUUACCGUCUGGCACGACGGCGAGGCGCUCAUCGCCAAUGUUACUUCGGUCAACAACAACACCAUCGUCGUCAUCCACAGCGUCGGCCCCGUCGAGCUCGGCGCCUUCAACGACAACCCCAACGUGACCGCCAUCAUCUGGGCUGGCCUUCCCGGCGAGCAGUCCGGCAACGCCCUUGCUGACAUCCUCUACGGCCGCGUCAACCCCGGCGCUAAGCUGCCCUUCACCUUUGGCGCCAAGCGCGAGGACUACGGCACUGAGCUGAUCUACGUGCCCAACAACGGCGACGCCGCCCCUCAGGACGAUUUCAACGAGGGCGUCUUCAUCGACUACCGCAGCUUCGACAAGCACAACAUCACCCCCAUCUACGAGUUCGGCUUCGGCUUGUCCUACACCACCUUUGAGUACUCCGACCUGAAGAUCGUCAAGCACACCGUCGCCGACUACACCCCCAACGCCGGCAACACCACCGCGGCGCCCGUCCUCGGCAACUACAGCACCGACCUCGGCGACUACCAGUUCCCCGCCGACGUCUCGCCCAUCCCCGGCUACAUCUACCCCUACCUCAACUCGACCGACGCCGCCACGGCCAACGGCGACAGCGAAACCGAGUUCGCCGCCCCGAACGACACAUACAUCCCCACCGGCGCCCUCGACGGCUCCCCGCAGCCGAAGAUCGCGGCGGGCGGCGCGCCCGGCGGUAACCCGGCGCUGUACGACGUGCUCUUCACCGUCACGGCGACCGUCGCUAACACGGGCGACGUCGAGGGCGACGAGGUGCCCCAGCUGUACGUCAGCCUGGGCGGCCCGGAGGAUCCGAAGGUCCAGCUUAGGGGCUUUGAGCGCUACACGAUUCAGCCCGGCCAGGCGGUGACGUUUGGCGUCGAUGUUACGCGCAGGGAUUUGAGUAACUGGGAUACCGUCAGCCAGAAUUGGGUUAUUUCCGAGUAUGAGAAGACGGUGUAUGUUGGCAGCUCGUCGAGGACGUUGCCGUUGAGUGGGGUGCUUGAGUUGUGA